AAGUGUGUAAACCCUAGGGCGGCGAAUUUAACUUUUCUCAGUGGACCAACGACAACACAUUUAGUCAUUAAUUCACAGCGUUUUAUUUAUACUUAUCCAAAUGAAUAUAUCUGUUUAUUCUGAGGUUACUGUAACAGUUUUAAGUGCUUUUUGUGGAUGUGACUGUUCGUAAUCAGAAUGCUAUGUCAGCUAGGCUAAGCUAGGCUACGCUACUCGGUGAUUCUAGACAAUAUUAUUAUGUGUAAAUAUUGUCUAUGCGGCGACUGGCCCGCAGGUUUGGGAAAUGUUUUCGCCUCCCUUCAGUUCUCUGCUUAGUUCGUGGAGUUUGACAGCGGUGGGUUAUUUGUUCCUCCUGUUAGCUGACCGGAUCCGGCUGGUUGAACCGCAGGGCUAGAAGCUGCUGCUAUGGGAGAAAAAGAGCUCAGCCUUAUUGACAAGCAGCUUACAAGUUUGCAAGAUCUCCCCCUGAGUCCUGCCACUACAUCACUUAAUCUGCACUGCAAUCACAUCCAAAGGAUCGAGUGUCUGUCCUCUGCUUGGCAAUUGCGCCACUUAGACCUUUCUUCCAAUCGCAUUUCUAAGAUUGAGGGGCUUAGUUCCCUCACCUCCCUCAGGACCCUGAAUUUAUCAUCCAACUUAAUCACAAAGGUUGAAGGACUCAAUGGCCUUGUAAAUUUGACGAAAUUAAACCUGUCCUACAAUCGGAUCAAUAACCUUACUGGUCUGCUGUAUCUUCAUGGCAAUGAGUAUAAGCUGAAGCACCUCAGUCUUCAUGGCAACCUGAUAGACAACGUUGACCAUCUCCUGCAGUGCCUGCUGGGAUUACAAGGUUUACGCAGCGUCGUUUUAAUCCAGGAUGGUGGAGACAACCCUGUCUGCAGUGCACCAGGAUACUGGGAAACUGUUAUGGAGUCGCUGCCACAGAUUUCUGUCCUGGAUGGCCUGGACCGGCUGAGACAUCCAUCAUCUCCAGGUAUAAGCAGCCUAUGUGACAUCCCCGGCCUAGAGGACUAUACGGACUUUUUGCUGUCCUCCGAUACAAGCCACAGUGAAGCGGUUAGGGGUGCUGUCACCACGCCUCAUAUUGACAAGGUGCUUACCCAGUUUCGACAGCAGAUCGCCUCAGAAAAAUCCAACGAUCUUGUUGUGGAUAAAGUCACUGGAAGCUCUCAGGCAGUUUGUCCCGGUGAUCAGCCUGACCCCAUCAAUGAGACACACAUUAGGAAACUGGAGCAGCAGGUAUCUCAGCUCAUCCAACAGGCCCCUGCAGGUGAAAAAGCAAGUAGCUCUACUUGUGCCAGGAUGAAGUUACGGAAAGCCAAGAGGGACACAGACCGGACAUCAGAGAGUGAAUGUGACAGCGGGAAAGAAAACCAAACUCAAACAAGAAUUCCCAAGUUUCGUAACAUGAUGACAACAAGCACGACUACCAAGGAGAGCAAGAGCACCAGAUCAGACAGUGAUCGCGAGGAUCAUAAACUGAGGACGUCCAAGUCGGCUGUGGGACUCAGGAGAGAGGCUGCCAGAACCGGGGCUGCAAAGUCUGCAUCUCAAACCAGGAAAGGACUUUUGAGAGAAGCUAAGACCUCAGGCAGUGUAACAUCCAAGUCCCCUCAAGAAGCAGAAACCUAUAGGACUAUUGUCGAAGAACGUGAUCAGGAAAGAGAGAGGCGCUGGAAGGCUGAGCAAGCUGUGCGGAAGCUGACAGAGGAGCUGAAGUGCCUGCAGACUAAAGUCAGCGAGGAGAAAGAUCUUCAGAGCGUGGCUCUGCACACCACAGACAGACUGAAGGAGCUGCUGCUGAAGGAGAGAUCAGGACGCUCUGAACUGCAAACUCGUGUUGAGGAGCUGGAGACAAGGUGUGAGACUCUAACCCAGCAGCUGGAGCAGGCCCGAAGCAAUGAAAAACAACACAGAGCUGCGCUUCGUAGACUAGAGGAAACCGUCUCCCAUGGAGACUCUCUCAGGGCUUGCCAGCAGGCUGAGAAGAUGAAAUGUCACCAGGAGCUGGAGAACAAGGCAGCAGCUUUGAGGAGAGAGCUGGACCUCCAGAGGGUCUCAGUUCAACAACACAAAGAUAAACUGCAGCAGCUGCAUGAACUGCUGGCAUCCAGGGAGCAGGAGCACAGGAAACAGCUGGAGCAGCGAUUGCAGCCCAGCGGGGCAGAUUUCCAGCAAGCAGUGUCAAAGGAAGUAGCAGCAGUGGAACAGAGACAUCAGCAGAGGGAGGCGGAGCUGCAGGAGAAGCUGACAGAAGGCAGGAAACAAUACGCUGCUUUGGAAGAUGAAUUCCGGAUGGCACUAAAGAUUGAGGCGACUCGCUUCUCUGAGGUGAAAGAGGCUUGUGAUCACAUGACUGCAGAACUGACGGAGCUCAAGGCGACCCUUUCUCAGGCCCAGCAAAGAGAGAGGAAAUCAGGCUCUCUGGUGCAGCAACUCACCGCUAUGGUGAAAGAGCAGAAGAACCGCAUCUCUGAGCUGAUCAAAGCCAAGAAAGAUGCUGUCGUUGAGCUCAAGAGCCGUAUCCAUUCCCUGGAAGCAGAGGUAGAGCAAAGCCAGCGUUUUGGGCUGCAGCUCGAGACACUAAAGAAAGAAAAAGGUCAACUGGUAUCUCAGCUCAUGGCUCAGGAGUCGGUCAUUGAUGGCCUCAGGGCUGAGAGGAGGAUUUGGGGCCAGGAGCUUGCUCAGCAGGGUGCGUCAUUGGCUCAGGAUCGGGGACGUUUAGAGGCCAGGAUAGAGGUGCUGACUGCUGAGCUGGAGACUCAGAGAAAGCAGAACAACAGAGACCAUGACGCCCUUAGAAUCAAAACCAAAAUCAUGGAUGACCAGACAGAAACCAUACGCAAACUGAAAGAGUCCUUGCAGGAACGUGACAAUCUGAUCCGCAGGUUGAAGGAGGAAGCUGUGCAGACCCAAAAACAGUUUCAGCAGCAGCUGGAGGAAGGGACAAGCCUGCAGGCUGAGCUGAAGGACCAGCUGGAGCAUCUUAGCCUGCGUAAAGAGGAGCUGAAGCAGCAGCUGGAAGACAAGGAAGCAGAGCUGAAGGAUGUCAAGAGAGUUUACAGUCAUUCAAACAAGAAGUGGCAGGAGAAAGCUGAGCUGCUAACACAACUAGAAAGCCAAGUGAAGCAAAUGAAGGAAAACUUUGAUUCUAAGGAGCGCCAGCUGCUGGAGGAAAAGGAUAAAGCAUCAGAGGCACACAAAGCUGCAGUUGACAAGCUGCGCUGUGUGGAUGAUGCUUUUCGUCGACAACUGGAGUCUGUCCAAGCUGCACAUCAAGCAGAGCUGCUGCGGAUGGCUAAUGAAAAGGAAAAGCAAAUAGAACAAGCAAAUCUGAGGGUAAAACGUGUUGUUUUUUUUCCACAUGAUCCAGAUAAGACACAGUGGUUUAGAGUUGAGACAGUGGUCCUUCUUUUGACCUAUCAAAAGUUGAAGGGAUAGGAGCUUGGAACAGGA